AUGAUCCACAAUGAUAUGAACUUGUCUGGGCUUAUGGCGUAUGAUCAAUCCAUUGAAGAGUCCAAACUUGGUAGGAUCUCAAGGAAUUUGAAGAAGAGUGGAUCCAAUGAGCAAAACCAAUCUAGGUAUAAUAAGAGAUCUCCAAAUUAUGAUGGACCUAGUGCUCUUAAGGUCAAGGGUGAAGGUGGUAGUGUUUCUCAAGGUGGUAAGAAUACUUGCGUUACUUGUGGGAAGAAGCACUUUAUGAAGUGUUUAAUUGGCACCAAAAAUUGCUUCGGUUGUGGUAAGGAUGGACAUAAGGUGAGGGAUUUUACAAAUGGUGCAGCGAAAGGGAGAAAAACUAAGCAAGAUCCUCCUAGAGUUCUAGAAGGUGAUGUCCCAAAGAAGAAUCACCUCUAUCACUCUGGGCUAAGGGGUCAAAGCCGGAUGAUGAUGAAUAUGUUGGAUGCAGAAGCAGCCGAGCCUCCUAAGAGGAACAAGUUCUACGCCCUUAAAGGCAGGGAGGAGCAAGAGAAGUCUGCUGAUGUGGUCACAGAUAUGCUGCAAGUUUUCUCCACUUCUGUUUAUACUUUACUUGAUCCAGGGUCUACGCAUUCCUUUGUAAAUCCUUUGCUUGCCCUCACUUUUAAGAUAUUGCCUUAA